CAUUAGCCAUACAAGAAAGAUGGCUACUUCUAUGCUAGCUACACUUGGAGCUCUUCUUGUUUUUUCUUGCGGACACUAAAGCGGAGAUUUUUCCAGCUGUCAUGGAAAACCGACACAAGCGAGUGAAUCCAGAGCAAGAUGCCCUGGUGCACAUUGUGGCUUGCAGAGACAAACCCUUCCUGGAAGAAAGGUUCAUAGACUCCUUUAAAGGAAAAGGUGUCUUUACAAACAAAACCAUUAAAGCAUCUGCCUUUGUUGUCGAGUAUCGUGGGAAGAUCUUUCCUCACAAAGACGGGAGGCCUAAGAAGAGAAGCGGUGAUACUUUGAAUGGUUUCUUAUAUGAGUUUACAUGGAAUGGAGAACAGUGGUGCGUUGAUGCUUCCAAAGAGGACAAGACCCUUGGAAGGCUUGUGAAUGAUGAUCACAUAAGUCCAAACUGUGAAAUGAAGAAGAUUGUUUAUGAGGGGAAGCCACACUUGUGCCUCUUUGCAGUGGAAGAAAUACCUCAAGGCAAAGAGAUAACUUACAACUACGGCAGCUCCUAUUACUCGUGGCGUCCCAAGGAGUCAUGUGAUGGACCAAGUACUUCAGACAAAAAAAUUUAUCCAAUUUCAUCAACACCCAAGAAAAGACGAUUUGAAGACUCGGAUGAUGACAGCGAACUGCCCGGUCCAAGUCAUGACAGUGACCGCUCUGCUGAUCUUGGAAGGUCAUCCAGGGACAGUUCGCCACAUUCUGAGUUAGAUUCUCAAAAAACGACGAAAAACUUCAGGAGAGUGUCAUCAAUUCAGGAGGAUGACACUUCGAGUUCUGAUGAUCAUGACUCUGACAAAGACAAGCGAUACAAAGGCGAGAGAUACAAAGAGGACAGAUCCACUAAGGCUGGACUAAAAGGCGGAGGAACAUCUUUCACAAAGAAAAAUUACUGUUAUGUUUGCGAGAAAGGUUUUCACAAAAUUGCUCGGCAUCUUUUAAGGCACAUCAAUGAAGACCCUGAAAUCGCUGAAAUCUUUGCUUUACCCAAAAACUCAGCAGAACGUAAAAGUCUGCUGGCCAAAUUACGAAAAAGAGGAAACUACAAACAUAAUCAAGAGGUUCUGAGGAGUAACACAGGACCGCUAAAAGUGGGAAGACGAUCAUCCCGCUAUGUAAUGACUGCUGAAAAUUUUAUGCACUGCAUUUAUUGUAAAGUAAUGCUUCAUAGCAAAGACCUAUAUAGGCAUGUAGCAAAGUGUGCUAAGCAAACAAUAAAUGCUGCAACACAUGGCGAGACGAGCAUCUUGGGGGACGUCACCGAGUCGGAGUUCUCUGAAAAGUUUCCGUCUGAAGUUUGGGAGAUACUUUCAGUGAUGAAACAAGAUGAAAUUGUAUUUUUAAUUCAACACGACUACCUUUUCAUGAAGAUGGCCCAGAGUCUUAUUGAGAACAGUGGAAAUGAUCCGACAAACCAAGAGCGCGUCAGACAGAAGCUGAGAAAAAUGGGAAGGCUCUUAAUAGAGCUCCAUGAUAAGGGAAUAGUGAGUUUUGAAGCAGCACUUAAACCCAGAAGCUUCUACAAAGUUGCCGCUGCUGUCAGAAACCUCUCUGGUUUUGAUGAAAAAAAGCAGAAGUACAGCAAACCGAGCCUUGCCUUGUUUUUUGGAAAUUCUCUGAAAAAACUGGGAGAACUUGUUGUCACACAGAGCGACAGCAGUAAGGAGGCCGUGAGAGAUGCUAACACAUUCAUGACGCUGUGUGCAAAGGAGUGGAAGGAAAUUGACCCUCACAACGAUGCACCUUCAUCAAGUGAACACAAAGUACACAGCCCCUCUACGAUACCGUUCACGCGUGACAUACAGGCGUUCUACACACACCUGGAAAAGACUUCUGCUUCUGCCAUUGAGUGCAUGAAGAAGUAUGAAACCCCUCAGAUGUACAAUGCACUUUGCAGAGUCAUACUUGCACAGGUGUCAGUCUUAAACAAAUGUGCACCCGAGGUUUCAAAAAUUACCCUUAAGUCAUUCCAGGAGCGGGACGAGACUACCCAGGUGUUGUCCAAGCACUUUAUCAGGAUUAAUAUUGCAGGCAAGACUGGGCAGAAUGUUGCUGUUUUGUUGACGUCUCAGCUCGUCAGCGCAUUAACGCUGCUUAUGAGCAAGAGACCAGCGUGCGGCGUACACAAAGACAAUCCUUUCUUGUUUGCAAAGCCAGACGGUUCAUCUACAAGCGUCUACCACGGAGGCCACUGCGUUCGGGUCUACACAAGAAUGUGCUCUGCAGAGAACCCAGAGCACCUCACGUCCGUGCAUUUUCACAAGCACAUUGCAAGAAUUUUCCAGAUUCUUAACUUGGAGAAUGACGAGCUACCACACCUUGCUAAACUGCUGGGUCAUGACAUCCGGAUGGACCGGGAUUAUUAUCGGCUGCCCGAAGCGGCUGUUGAACUCGCAAAAAUUGCUAAACUGCUUCUGGCAAUGGAAAAGGGCUCUCUUGAAAGAUUCAAAGGAACCUCUCUGGAUGAGAUUGAGAUUGAAGAUGAAUUGGAGCCAGAUACGGAGCAGGGCAGCUCUGUGGUGGACCGUGAAGAGUCAGAUUUUCUACCUCAGCAGAGCGAUGAUGUGGAUAAGCAAGGCGGACAGCUAACUCCUGAGCAGGAUGCCCUGCAGCACAUAAAGGCAUGCAAGGACAAAUCCUUCCUGAAGGAAAUGUUUAUUAAUUCCACUAAAGGGAGAGGUGUGUUCACUAAUAAAGCCAUUGAGCCAUCCAACUUUGUUGUUGAGUAUCAGGGGAACGUCUCAACCUGUGGAGAAACCCGUCCAGAGAAAUGUGUAGACACCCUAAACAAUUUCUUGUUUGAGUUUUCCUGGAACGGAACAAGCUGGUGCAUUGAUGCUUCUGCAGAGGAUGGGACUCUCGGACGACUCGUGAAUGAUGAUCACAUAAGCCCCAACUGCAAAAUGAAGAAAAUUGCUUAUGAGGGGAAACCACAUCUGUGCCUGUUUGCUCUGAAGAAAAUAUCUCCAGGCGAGGAGAUAACUUACAACUAUGGGCAGUCCUCGUACGCGUGGCGAUCAGCAGAUCAAAACAAAGAACCACAAACAUCAGAAAUGGAGACUGCAGCGUCUUCAACAGUGGAUAAAAGAGUUGAAAACUCAGAUGAGGAAUUCAGUUCUGCAGAAUGCUUCUCUGAUGAAGAUUAUGUCCUUGACAAUGAACCAAGCAAUGAUGACAGUUUUACCGAAAACGAUGACCAGGAUCAGGAAUUUGGAGAAAAUGCAGAUGACUCGAAGGCCGGGUCUUCCAAAGGGCCGAACAAUAUGUCGGACUCCGAUGAGUCUGACUCUGAUGGAAAGUCUAAAGACACUUCCUUCACUAACAGAAAUUACUGUUACAUUUGUGGGAAACCUCAAACUAAAAUUUCUCGUCACCUUUUCACGCAUAGAAAGGAAGAACCUGAAAUUGCUGAAGUGUACGCAAUGCUCAGGAACAGCAAGGAACGCAAAAAGCGUCUGGAGAUGUUGCGAAACAAAGGAAACUUCAAACACAACCAAGGAGUCUUGAAGGCUCGCAGAGGAAAACUGAAAGUGGAAAGAAAAUCAGAGAUGUCCUCACUUAAAACAUUUGCCACUUGUGUAUAUUGUAAACGAAUGUAUCAUCGUAAAGUGGUGUGGCAUCAUAUGCAAAAGUGUCCCUCGAUGGCAUCCAAUAAACUUCCAGAAGGCGUUCAGAGUCAAAUCUUAACUUUGGUUGCCACCACUGGACUAACGGACCCUGAACAGAUCUCAACAGGUGUGAAGAAGAUGUUGAAAAAAAUGAAGAAAGACGAUAUUUCCUCUGUAGUUUGCGAAGAUUCUUACAUAUUACAACUGGCACAAUGUUGCUUCCACAUGAGAGAGAAGAAACAGAAUCAGGGAUAUGUCACUCAGAAGCUGAGGCAAAUGGCACGGAUCCUGAUGAUUUUAAGAAAGAAGUCGAUAAACAGCUUCGAAGAUGCAGUCAAGCCCCAAAACUUCAGCGCCGUUGUGGAAGCUGUUCAGGAGAUUGCGGGCAUCAAAGAGGGGUCGAAGUCGUUUGACAAACCAUCUCUCGUUUGGAAGCUUGGAAAUUCGCUGAAGAAGAUCGCUGACAUUAAAUACGCCAGGGCUUUGAAGGAUGGUCAUGAAGAGGUGUUAGAGGAAGCUGAGGCAUUUAUUAAGCUGUGUACGAAAGAAUGGCCCUCCCAUGCAAAAUCACAACCAAAAACACCCGGCCAGCCAACCUUACAGUUUACACAAGAUGUGAUGCUGCUCUACAAGUGCCUGAACAGGACAACAGCUUCUGCAGUCCAGAGCCUGAUGAUGUAUGCAGUAACACCGGUCUACAAUGCGCUUCUCAAAGUGGUACUUGCAUUUGUGUCCUUCUUAAACAAAAAUGUUCAGGACGUUUCAAGGGUGACACUCCAGUCAUUCAAGGAAAGGGCUUCCACAGAGCUUCAGGAAGACACUGCUGGUUCACAGACCCAGUUGGAGCAAAUUCUGUCCAAGCACCAAGUCACGAUCAGUGUUGGUAACUCAAAUGGAAAAAAAUUUGCUCUUACCUUGAGCCCUGAAGUGCUUUCUGCGCUAACUGUGCUUGUGGACAAGAGGGACACAUGUGGGGUAGGUAAGGACAAUCCCUUCUUAUUUGGGAAACCUGGUGGCAAAGGGUCAGACUUUCACAAGGGACACGCGUGUAUCAGGAUGUUCGUUAAUCGCUGUGGUGCAAAGAACCAGGACGCUCUCAGGUCUCAGUGUUUUCGUAAGUACAUAGUAAGAAUUUUCCAGAUUCUCAGCCUUAAAAAUGACGAACUCGCUCAGCUGGCUAAGCUGUUGGGCCGUGACAUUCAGACAGACUGGGAGUAUUAUCAGACGCCCGAGGCAGCUGCCGAUGUCGCUAAAAUCUCAGAGCUGCUGUCGGCACUGGAGAAUGGAUCUCUUGAACAAUUCGAAGGAAAGACUCUUGAGGAAAUUGAGAUUCCAGAUGAAUUGCAGCCAGUCAUGGAGCCUGUCACCCCCAGAAACAGCGAUGCUGAGGAAGAUGAUGAAGGUAAAAAAAGCAAAAGAAAACAAAGCCAAAGAAAGAAAAAGAAGAAGGAGACUGAAAAAGAGCAGCCAGAACCAAAUGAAAAUGAAGCCGUGAACACAGAGAAGGAAGACAAGGCAGAGGACAUGCCAGUGAAGGGUGACAUCAGCAAACCUGUGGAGAAGAAAUCUUUUAGCACAGCCCUUGAGCCAAGUAUUUAUUUCAGUGACGAUGAUGAGGACAUGAAUGUGAAUUUUGACAUCGACAUAGACACUGAUGACGACGAUGAUAGAAAUGAGGAGAUUGCUGCAGACGGUCGCUCAAACAGCUCAGGUACAAAGCCCAGUGUAUUGGAUGAAGAUAAAACAACAGAAUUCAAGAAGAGCAACAAGGAUGGUGACGGAGAGCAGAAAAAUACGUCUCCAGACGAGCACAGUGCUGAUGAAGAGCUCGCAGAGGCAAUGGAUAUUGACACAGAGAACCAUGUGGAGGAGGACUAUGAUGAAGAUGAUGACUGGAUGGACGUGGACAGUAGUCCUUCUGCUCCCACUUUAAAUAAAGUCACAGAAAAGAAGCCCAACCUAUCGGUGCCCAUGGCUCUGAUCAAAGAAGUGAAGAUAGUUAUCCCAAAACUAGACAUCGAGAAGGUGCAGCAUCCCAUUCACAUUUCCAAGUUGUCAUCUUUGAGUAACAAGCAGCCGGUGGAAGAUAAACCCGUCCAUGAUGACAAGACUCAGAGUGCAAGACCUACUCCACUUACAGAGGUCACAAACAAGCCCAGCUCUGAAAAGGCAGUGCACAUGAACUGCUCCCGCUGCAAAAAGAGCAUGAUGAAGGGACACACUGCUUACCAGAAGAAGGGCUUCUCAGACGUCUUCUGCUCCAAAACCUGUCUGUUUGAGAUGUUUUCUUACAACAAACCGGCCACCAAGACCUGUCACCACUGUCAUAAGGCGAUAUCGCAGCCUCUGGACCUCAUCAUGGCUGCUGUGGACACUAAAGGAACUAUGAAGGACUUCUGCAGCCCGGCCUGCUUGUGCUCUUUCAAGUCUGGAUCCACCCAAACACGAAAGUCAGUCUGCAACAUAUGCAAAAGAGUCUGCAGUACUAAGUGUGAGCUGACCCUGAACGAGGCCGUCAUCAGGUUUUGCAGCCACACAUGCUUAGAUGAUUUCUGCAAGAACAACAUGGGCAUCUGUGAGAACUGCAGCUCUGUGUGCCGCAGCAAACCGCUCACGCUGAAGCUGGAGGAUGAUACCAAAACAUUCUGCAGUGGUGGUUGUCUGAAGCGGUUCAAAGAGAACUCCAGGAUGCUCCUACGCUGCACCACUUGCCUCUUUUCACGACCUGUCUCGGACAUGGUUAACUUUAAAAACGAUGAGAAUGUGGUGCAGCUCUUCUGUGGCCGCUUUUGUGUGAAAUCUUACAAGCUGCGACCGACAGAUGAGAUGGAUCAAGGUAAAAGGCCCUUCCCACAGGAGGAUGUGAGGGUGUGUUCGCCCUCCCGUGAAAACGAUGCCUCUCCUGCUGCUGUCGAACCAAAUGACACAGUGUUGCUCAUCGCCGACGUGUGCACGCUCUGUUUCCACUGCAAAAAGAAUUUGUCGGAAGGAGAGACACUUUACAAGCUGAAAGACACAGAGGAGUUUUUUUGCUCCAUGGCCUGCUUACAUGAAAAGCGUCGCGAGAUCAAAAUACCCAUCAAAAAGUGCCACAACUGCUUUCAGGUGAUUACGCGACCUCAAAACAUCAUCCUGGCUCCGGUGGAUGAUUCGGGAACUAUGAAGGAGUUGUGCAGCAAUACAUGUCUCUCCUCCGUCACAUCCAAAAUGAAAAAGGCUGCUACUAAGCCUCCACCAAAAGAGGGACCUAGUUCACAGUGCAGGAUGUGUGCCAGAUGUUGUUAUUGCAAAUUCACGGUGACCCUGAAUGGCGUGGUCCACAGACUUUGCAGUGACUCCUGCUUCAUGAGCUACCGCAAAGUCAACAACCUGUGCUUGUCUCUCUGCGACAUGUGUGACGCCGUCUGCUACAACAAAUGUCUCAUGGUGAAGAUGGAGGACGGCAGUAAAGCCCUCUGCAGUGAUGAAUGUCUGGUCAAGUUUAAAGAGAAAGUUGACACUCGUCAGCUCUGCCCCAUGUGCCAGACGUCCCAUCAGCUGGCAGACAUGAUUGAAAAUAAAAAUGAUGAAGGCAGGCUGGAGUUCUUCUGCAGCAACAGGUGUAUGAUGGUGUACGAGGCCCAGACCUUCAGUGUGACGGAAAAGAAAAACUCUUCAUCUGAAGUUUGUGAGGUUAAAGACGUGAAGCCAUCUCUAAUACAUCUUGACUGCAUCAAAACAGAGCCCAUCGAUGAGGAGUACAGCCAGAGUCUCACAGCCUCAGUUUCUCAUCAGGACAUCAAGAAGGAGCCAAAUGUAGUAAAGGAGGACUUAAAGAUUGGGUCGGUUUUCUCCUUGACUGAUGAAUCCAAACCUGCAGAGCCCUCGCUCACCAACACGGAUGUGCCUGCAUCGUGCUCCACCUGCAAACACGCCCUCGUGGAUGGAGAGACCGUUUACCAGAAGAAGAACCACACUGGCGCAUUCUGCUCCACUUCCUGCCUCCUGAAAUUUUACCAAAAGAUACCAGUUUGGGGGACGUGCCACUUCUGUCUUCAAGUGAUAACACAGCCUCAGGACAUCCUCGAGGCCCCGGUGGAUAACGAGGGGACAAAGAAGGAUUUCUGCAGCCAGACCUGCCUGUCCUCCUUCAACUACAAGAAACAAGUGUCCACCAAAAUACCCAUGGCUGCCCACUCAUCACACUCACAAUGCAGCAUGUGCAGCAGAUAUUGCAUUAGCAAACACGAGGUCACGAAAGAGGACGUCAUCCACAAGAUCUGCAGUGAGCCGUGUUUUCUGCGCUUCUGUGGCAUGAACAACAUCACCAUCUGUGCGAACUGCCGCGCACACCGCAAAACACCGCUCACGCUCAAGAUGGAGGAGGGCAGCAACAAACUUUGCAGCGAAGAGUGUCUGGCAAGGUUCAAGCAGAAAAUCCAAACCCCGCAGCCGUGCACCAUGUGCCGUAACACUUCUCCGAUAUCAGACAUGGUUGAAAACAAAAACAGUGAAAAUGUUGUGGAGCUCUUCUGCACCAAAGGCUGCGUGUCGGCAUUCAAGAUCCAGGCUGUCAAUUCAUCAGGUGCCUCAUUGAAUUGUGACCACUGUGGUAAGGCUGCAGUGCCAACCUGUCACCUUGCCAUGUCAGAUGCCUCCAUCAGAAACUUCUGCACUCUUAAGUGUGGCAUGGAUUUCAGGGAGAGCCAGAAUCCUGCAGGAGUCCCCGAUAAAAGUCAAAGGGAUUUCCUCCAUCCACCACCGAAGCUGCUAUGCGCCCAGUGUCAAAGCAUCGUAUUAACUACACCCAAAGUCAUCCAGAGAAAGGAAAAAAUAUACUUUGCAUGCAGUGUGGCCUGUUUUCAAGAAUUUAAGAGGGUCAACAGCAUCACGGCUACCUGUGAAUACUGUAAGAAUGAAAGAAUCAUCAAAGACGUCAAGAGAAUCGGCGGCAAAGACUGCUGCUUCUGCAGCGAUGCCUGCAAGACGCUCUUUUGUCAAGAGCUGAAAGGAGAGUGGGGUAAACACUGUCGCUCAUGCAGUUACUGCCAGUCGAUAUCCAAGAGUCUGGUGACGACACCGGGUGAAGACAUGGACAUCGAGUUCUGCUCUGAAGCCUGCUGCUCAAAAUACAAAAUGCUCCUCAGCCAUUUGGCAAAAUGUGACACCUGCAGUAACAAAGGGAAACUAAAGCAGAGUCUGCCACUGCUGGGAGAGGUCAAAUACUUCUGUGGCAUGAAGUGUCUCCUGCACUUCUGCAGUAACAAGGUUCAGAUGCUCGACGGAGAAGUCUCUUCAUCUGCGGUGUCUGCAGCACCAGCACAGUCCUCUCCUGUCAUUGGGAAUGUUAUAUCUUUGGCUAAUGCUCUGACCAGGCAGCACAGCGGCUCAGCAGCCUCUACACAGCUUGGCUCCAUCACUGACAUUCAAACAAAGGUCAUUGGACAUGCCAGCGUUCAGACUGUCCCAAAGGAGCUGAAGAACAAGUCGAUCAUCUGUACUCCGCUGGUUCAUAACAAAGGAGUCUCCUGUACAGAAGAGGCUCUUAAGAUAGAGACACAAAAAGAAGACCAUUGUGAUCCUAAAAUCGUAGUCCUGCCUGUCCCAGUGCCGGUUUAUGUUCCUGUGCCUAUGAACAUGUACAGCCAGUACACUCCACAGCCGGUGUGCCUGCCCUUACUGCUGCCUGUGCCCCUGGUCCUCCCUGUGAACACAGAUGGCUCUGAGUCAAUGGUCAAAUCCACAAAAGAGAGUUUGCAUCCUGAAAGCUUACAGGGCGAGCUCAACAUCAGGCCUGAGACGGAGACAGAGCAGAGCCAGGAAGGGCAGAAGCAUGGACAAAUGAUAAAAGAAGAAGAAAGACACAAGCCUUCAACCCUGCAGGACCACGCCAGGAGCUGCAGCAGUGACUUGCGUACAGAUUUUAAGCCGGCUUUUGACAACCAGGAGGAUUUCUUUGAUACCAGCGCCGGGCCGGUCACUCAGCUGCGAGGCAGCCAAACCUCCCCUCCAGUUUCAGAUGAGGACAUGCCCAGCAGCCCUCUUCCUGACCUCCCACCUCUUUCUCCUCCUUCAGCUCUGGAAACUCCUCAGAGAUCACCCGUCGCUCCUCCUGCUCCAAUUUUAGUACCACAAACUUUGGACAAAGACAAGAACAAGGAUUGUAACCUGGAGCAGCUUUCAAAGAAAGAUGAGCAAGACACUCCUGAAACAGACUUUACUCAACCAGUGUGUUCAAAGCAAAACACACUGAAGAGUCAAUGUGGAGUUGAUGCCUGGAAGAGAUGGAUCAAGUGGAGAGAGUCACAGACCAACCUGGAGCCCGUUUCUUCUCAUGCACUGACGCUGAAGGCGGACCUCCUUCAUUGCUCUGUGGCUGAACUGAGCGGCUGCCUGCUUUGCUUCAUCAGGGAGGUGAAACAGUCCGAUGGAGAGCCGUACUCCCCCAACAGGCUGUUCUACCUCUGCCUCAGCAUUCAGCUGUUUCUGUUUCAGAACGGUCGGCUGGAGAACAUAUUCAGUGAUCUCAUCUAUGACAGGUUUUCCACUGAGUUGACCAAGAUCCUUAAACCUUCAGUCACAUGUGGAGGUUGUGUCCUGUCCUGUGUGGAGGAGCAGUUUCUGUGGGACUGUAAACAGCUGGGGGCGUACUCCCCCACUGUCCUGCUCAACACGCUGCUCUUCUUCUUCUGCAAGUACUUUGGCUUCACCACAGUCGAGCAGCACCGCCGGCUGUCCUUUGCAAACAUCACACUCUGCACCAAAACCAGCAAGAGCAACACCAAGACCACCUUCUUACGCUUCCACCCACCUACUUGUACAAACCACGAAGAGUCAGACAUGUAUGACGUCCCAGCUAAGAAGGUUAAGAAAAACGAGUCUGAGGAGGAUUUCCUGGAGAUGAUGGAGAACCAGGAGAACCCCCUUCGUUGUCCAGUCAGACUCUACGAGUUCUACCUCUCCAAGUGUCCAGCAUCGCUGAGGCAGCGCAGCGAUCUUUUCUACCUCCAGCCAGAUCGGAGCUGCCUUCCCAGCAGCCCUCUGUGGUUCUCGCCUGCCCCGCUCAAUGACAGCAGCGUGGAAGCCACGAUCAUCCGAAUCCUUGCUGUCCGAGGGCUGGAGGAGGGGGCGAGACAGGGUACAUGUAUAACCCCGUAACCAGUGGAUCACCCAUCAUUUACACCUGAUCAGGAGGACUCAGUGUUUGAAGGACUUUUUUAAUAAGUGCAUCAAGAUUGAUUUAAGAAUAUAUACAUAAUAAAAACAUCACCAUGAUUCAAUGAAAGAUGGCUGUUUAAAAACACACUGUUUAUGAACAAGUGGCAGAAAGACACCAGAUGUUUCCAUCAGCAGCUGGUGGAAGCUAAAAAUGGAGCUAAAAGAGACUUUAGAGAUUACAACUGAAUUUAAACUGUUUCUUAAACUGUAAAUAAGAGUUUCAUCAUGCCGGCUCAAUAUGUCAAUACUAUAUCACCAGUUUGCCUUGAAUUUUGGCUGACCAGUCAGUCAGCAGGCGUGUGAAAGAAGAAAUCUCCCAGCAAUAUAAAAUCUGAACAGAAACCCGCCUCACAUCUGUGCCAGUGUUCCUGUCAUAACUCGUUCCACAUCAAGUUGUCAGCAAUGUUUUGUUUUCUCUUCGUGCUGCUGAUUGCGAAAGUUCUGCGUUGGUUAAAAGGCUGAUCUGAACCCUGCAGACCAGCAACAAAUAUCUGUUACUGUAAAAGUUCCUCUCAAGUUUCCAAAGUUUAAUGUCAACUGUUGGUUUAAACUGUCUUUAAUCUCCCUUGAGUCUAUUUACAGUCUGGAAAGUUUUUAUAUUAUUUUAAUAAAACAGACAGAACAAAGCUUAUUUUUAUAGGCUUUAGUUUAUAACUCCUCUGUGAGGUCAGACACUGAUGUAAAUUCUUAAAAGUUACAACAAAAAAGGCGUUUCACAGGUGACAUUGCAGUUUUAGCACAUAAUACACACAUUAAAAAAAUCAGGAACAAACUAAUUAUUAACAUUUAUUUAAUUUUAAAUGGUAUAUAUAUCUUUUCAUUAAACAUUUCUGAAAGGAAGCUUUAAAAGUUUGCAGCAUUAGCUUUUGAAAAAUGGCCACAUUGUGUCCUGUCCUGUCCAUAUAUGUGUGUGUGUCUUGCGCAGACACACACACAUAUAUGUGUAUGUGUGUGUAUGUUUGUGUGCAUGCGCACUUACGCAUGUUUAUUUCAGGAGGUUGUAGGGUUUUAGUUGGUAUUGUGCUGCAUGGUUCUGUUACUGGUAUGAAAAAGAAAUUAAAGAAAAAUUGACUUUCAUAAAUUCUUUUUUUCAUCUCCUUUUUGAUUUGAGGGAUGCAGGAUGCUCCCUGAGUCCUGCAGCUACACAUUUGUUUAUUUGAUCUCUUUCUGCAGAUACAUAAAGAAUAAAUAAAUGUGUCAAGUUUAAAAUUCAUAACUUACUAAUUUUUACUUCAGGCUCUGGACACGUGGGCUGCACUGUACUGCAUGGUUUGAUUUCAGGCAGUCUCUCUAAAACACAAACCCCACAAAACAAGUUGAAAACCAAACAAAUUAAAAACAAUAAGAUUAAAAAUAAAAUAACAGUUAUUCAUCAGGAUCAAUCAUAAGUAUGGAACUAUUUAAAGUCUUAAAAUGCUGGAAAAAAAAAGAUAAGCAAAGUUUAUUAUUAUUACUAUUAUUAUUAUUAUUAUUAAUAAUAAUGUUGAUGAUGAUUAUGAUAAUAAUUAUAAUAAUAAUAAUAUCUGUGUGUUGUGUGAUUAAAUUCCAGAGGUCACAAACAAACAAAGGUUUAGUACAAUAAGCAGGAAUCUCAUAUUCUUACCCGCGACAUUGGUUUGUACAGUUUCCUGCUUUAGCUCAAGAUUUCUGAGCAUUUCCCUGGUUUUCAAAAGCUCAAACACUUAUGAAAAAAUAAAAAUAAGAUAAGGAAAAGUAAAAAUCAUACAGUAGUA